AAGAACAAGAAUCGCACCAUUUCCUGGUGACGUAAACACAGAACCAUGAAGGUAAAAUUCUAAGCACUUAGUUUACAAUCGAUUUUCUAUCAUAGCUACAACCGAAAGACAUCGGCGAAAAUGUUCAAAGGGUGGGGAACGUGGCUGGGUAUAGAGAACAACACCUCGACGACAGAGGAGAGCGAAGUGGCUGACGUUGCUGUGGAGGAGAAAAUUGUUCAAGACCAAAAUGAAGUAAACAAACAACACGAACCUCCAGCAACAGAAGAACUGGGGCAGGAGGACGGAGACACCGUCCAACUCAUCUCUCAGCAAGCUAAAGGAUUCGGUGGCUUAAUAUUCAACUUUGCCAGCAAUGCUACCAAGAAGAUCUCCAACUCUGUGGCAGAGACCGCACACACCAUCAAGAAGAGCGUGGAAGAAGGGAACAUAGAUGGAAUUUUUGACAAGACUAUUUUGGGGGAUUUCAAAAAAGAACAGGACAAAUUUGUCCAAGAAAAGAAAGCUAAGAAAUCAGACACAGCUGUACCACCAUGGGUUGGCUACAGUGAGGAGGAGACCAUGCAGCAACAGAUCCUGGCUUUGUCCGCUGACAGGAGGAACUUCCUGAGAGACCCACCAGCUGGAGUUCAGUUCCAGUUCGACUCUGAGCAGAUGUAUCCUAUCGCCAUGGUGAUGCUGCAGGAAGAUGAGCUACUGAACAGGAUGCGCUUCGACCUGGUCCCCAAACAAGUGAAGGAGGAUGUGUUCUGGAGGAACUACUUCUACCGUGUGUCCCUGAUAAAGCAGUCGGCCCAGCUCACGGCCCUGGCAGCACAGCAGCAGGCUGUAGACCACAGAGAGGAGCAGAAGACCAUCAGCCCGGAGGAUGUCAGCCUCACAGAAAAUACCAUCAGACCAAAAACACCUCCAGUAUCCAUUAGUGACAUUCCCAAGAGUGGAGAGCAGGAGGAAGAGGAGAAUGAGAUCUCCACCAGCCCUGGGGUCUCCGAGUUUGUGAGCGAUGCCUUUGACUCCUGUAACAUCGACCAUGAAGACCUGAGGAAAGAGAUGGAACAGCUGGUGCUGGACAAGAAGGAGGACGCUGCAACUCCAGAAGAGGAGACAGCGGACUGGGAGAAGGAACUCCAGGCAGAGUUACAGGAGUAUGAGGUGGUGACGGAGGCAGACAACAAAGAUGACAACUGGGAUAAAGAGAUCGAGAAGAUGCUUCAGUCGGACGAGUAGAGGUGACCGACCCGUCUUGCUUCAGUCUAGUAUCUCUGAUAUGAGAGAGAGCACCAUGAAGGAUCAGAAACCAUGACCUUGUCUAGUCUAGACCAUAGAAAUAGAAUGGUAUAGAAAUGAAGGGAACCGCUGCAUACAAACCAUUAAGUGUUUGUUUCAGCACACUCUAGAAUGGGAACAUCUAUGGGGUGUAUUCUGAUCUGGUGGUGGUCAGGAGUUGAAAUACUGUAUAAUAUACAUUUUCUGUCUGUACAGUUUAGUGGCUGGCUGUCAUUUUAGCUGUGAACGUUUAUGGCCGAGGAGGCAACUGACAUAUUGCAUAUUGUUAUUUUUUUUCUCUAUUCUGCUCUUUUCUUUUUCUGGAAUUCUUUUGCAGUUGGGAUGUGUGCGUCUAUCCAAAUAAUACUUGUUUCUGUGCUACUCAAAUCCUGCUUUCAGUUUUUCCCAAAUAAAUAUACUUCUUUCCAA